AUGCUCGGACUCCAGGAUGGGAGACCCGAGGAGGUCGAUCGCUGCAGCCCUUGGCUGGAUACGUCAAGCUUGAGUGGGCUGACGGCUGGUGGGCCUCGCGGCCUGGCACAUUCCAAUGACAAGAUGACGGGCAUCUUCUGUUAUCACGGACAGCACGUUAAAGAGGGCAAGAUCGCCGAGCAGCACCGACGACCGGGCUGGCUCAAUGUGACACAAAACCCCAAAGCCCCAACGGGCCAGGAGCCGAUCGAUCCUGGCUUCGGGAUAUUACUGACGAUCGAGUCUCCACCAUUCGUUCAUCUCGACUGGAUCUGGACACGGAGGGGGUGUUCGUCGCACUUCAUCGGAAGCUACCAGAUCCAGUCUAACCCACUACUCACUAGCCGACUCCAGCGCCCACGCUACGUCCACCCUCUGGACCCGCGCCCCACUCGCCGGGCCGCUGCUGUCAUUUCCAAGUCUGACGGGUUUUGCAAGCUAGGGAAGAGAAUCUGCCAGGUUUAA